AUGAAAAUCAGAUCAGGCAUUCUGUCUCGCUUGAAGCAGUUGAAGCUUCCAGAGGAGUUCAUCGUGAAAGAUCAGAAUGGUUGUGAUGUCACGCUACGUUCGUUCAUUCAGUGGCAAAAAAAGCACGCCUGGCUAAGGUUGAAGCUUCCAGAGGAGUUCAUCAUAAAAGAUGUCAGGCUACGAGGACUGGCACCAGUUUUGGAGGACAACGUAGGAACCGGACCGCAUUCAACAUUCUGCCUUUGUCGAAUGGACGACGUAUCCGGUCAAAUUCAUUCCAUCGAUGCGUGUCAGAUGAUGGUCGGUGCAAUGGAGUUUGCUUUUGAAGCAGUUGUGUUCAUCUAUCAAUCGGAAAUCUUGAACCUAAGUUACAACGAGCACUUGACUAUCGUUGGAAGCUACAACGUUGAUGUUGUAGCUUCCGACAUCACUGAAGUUAUAACAUUGGUGCUGUAG